AUUUAUUGUUACUUUUUAAAUUUAAUCUGUCAUUCAUUGCCUCUCUUAAAACACAGCUGCUAAAGACUUGGACACCGCCGACGUUGACUGAAGCACCCCCUUCCAUCUCGUCUUGGAGCUCAAGAACCGGAUGUCAAAUUCAUCAACGUCGAUCAGGCCACCCUCUCCUAUCUAAUCUUGGGACUGAAAGUUUGUUUUGGUGAGGGAGCAGUGACAAUGGAGAAGCGAAAGAUGCAUUAUACGAACAAAAGGGGAGAUUCCAAAAAAGUAAAAUAUUUUGAAGGAUCGACCUCUAGGUCGAAUAAGAUACAUCAUAUGAAUGCAAGGUGCAAGGAAAUUGGUGCUGAUGUGGAAUCAUCUUCUGGGUCAAAUAACAUUAAACUUCUAUGUGGCUAUCCUAAUUCAUCAGAGCAGAUUGUUUCCAAGGUGGUACCAGGGUUUAGUGUUGAUAAACAGUUCUAUAAUUUGGAUUCUUCCUUGCACGACAAGCAUUAUAUUCUGAGGCAUAAUUGCCAAAAGCGUUCUAUUCUCACUCAUAACAAAUAUAACUUUACACUAAAGGAGUGGUUGGAGCGCAAUACAGAUAAUUGGUGUCCGAUUUAUCGAAAGUGGAAUGUUGACCGACCAACCAAAGAGGCUAAGAAACUUAUACAAUGUAUUCUCCAUGCGGUUUAUGAUUCUCAUUCUAAGGGCAUCUUUCAUGGCUUCUUGCACCAUCCUAAGAAUUUUUUCAUUGAGUGUAACCGCAAGAAGAUUAAACUUGUGUACCUUGUAUAUGAAAAUAUGGAACCAAAAACAUCCACAAAGGACGCACGUCAAAAUGACAUGUUAGCCAUGUCACAUGUGAUUUUUGAUCAAAUUCUUGGAGGUAGGAUUGGAAAGAAGUACCCAGAAGAUUUGGAAGAUCUAUGCAGAUUGCUUUCUGAUGAUAUGAGUUUUUGAAAUUGGACAAUUAUUGUUGACCAUCCGUCCCUGUGGCAUUGGAAGAUUAGAUUUAAUUACAUUUAGCGUGUCUGGAUGCAAUUUCGGCAUGCUGAUAGAAACCUUAAGGUAAAAAUGAACGACUGUCUCAGAAGAUUUCCUGGCUAUGAUUGGAAAAACAAAAUUCCUUCUAAUACUCCCCUUGAAAGGAUAUUCAAUAAUAAUUUUUACAGAUCAAUGCUGCAAGAACUCUUCCGAUAUAUUAGGGUUGUUCGUUUCCAUUAUAUGGAUGAUGGAAUUGAUCCACAAACGGAGGCAGACUACUUAGAGGAGCAAUUUAUUGAACAUAAAACUACUGAGGUUUGUGAACUCCUUCUAGUGUACUUGCACAGGAUGGUAUGCCAAUUGGGUAUUGAGAUCUAAAGCCAAUGCACCAGCUGAUUCCUGUACUAAAAGAGGUUCUUUUCCAUUACCUAAAUGAUGUUUUGAGCACAAAAUGCUGAUUUAAAUAGUGAAAUUAUGUUGGUUUAAAAUGGUGAAGGCUGCAUCUUCGUUCUUUGUUCUUCACCCCCUCUCCCUCUCUCCUACCCUUUUAUUUUCCUGACCAUCUUAGCGUUGGUGAGUUAGGGACAAAACAAAACAAAUACGUUUUGUAUAUGCUCCCGUGUAAUUACAGUGUUGACAGAUGCUGUCUUUAUUUUUUUAUAAUCUAGAAUAGGAAUUAAUUGU